AUGAAGUUCACAACCAUCCUUACCACCGUGGCCUACGCCAGCGUCCCAGGCCUCGUCCUCUCUGUGGCCUUCUCGUCGGUUGAGCAGCAGGCGGACCAGCUGGAGCUCGUCCAUGACGCUGGCGCUACACUGUGCACGCGCGAUAUUGAGAAGCGGGAUGUCUUCACCUGCUUUGGUAGCAUCACAGCAUCGGUCUCUGACUGCGAGGCGGCCAUUGCGGACAUCCAGAAUGGCCCCGAGACCUUCGCACUGUACUCGGAUGUCUGCCUGAACUGGCGUGAGGGAACCUGCGCCGUCCGCUUCUGCGCUGUGCCUUACGUCCAGAGACCUGUGAACAGAACUUCAGAAUGGGUGGCCUCCUUCUUAACAUCUCCCCUACUGAACUGCGUCAGGGCGGGACAGGCCGGAAUCAUGGCCGACCAUCCCAACGUCAACAGCAAUGCAGGCACCUACCGACUCCACAUUGAGCAAGCCGUGUAG